AGUCUUGCCCAGGUCUCCGCUGCAUUUCAGAAAGACACACAUCUUGAUAAGAUGAACUUCUCCCUGCUCGGUGUACGAGGUGACGACGGAAAACUGUUCAUACCCCCUUCUGUGCAAAAAAUGCGCAAAACUUUAUGGACCGACGAGAUGUUUGGUCAGGAUCCUUUGCCAAUACAUGGACAUGCUGGAUUUGUGGAAAGCGGUCUGACGUUGGCAUACGGUGCUGAAAGUAGUGUCAUCAGACAUAAUCGCAUAAGUGCUGUUCAAGCACCAUCGUUGACGACUGCUUUGCGAAUUGCAGCAACUUUCAUAGCACAUUAUCCUGGUCAAAUAUUACAAAACCCUAUCUAUCACCCUAAUAUCACCACCAGAGAGACGGUUACGACACUUCGUGAGAGCGGGUUGGAGCUGAGAUCAUACACUUUCAUUGACAGAAAAACAGUGCAAGUGGACUGGGAUAGUAUGAGACAAGAGCUCCAAGAUACAUCACCAGGAUCGGCGGUCUUGUUAUACGCUGGUGGCUUCGAACCUACCGGGAUGGACUUGACGGAUGUUCAGUGGAAAUCGCUAACAACUAUCCUUUCAAAACGUCAAUUAUUACCAUUGGUCAUUAUGCCUGAUCAGGGUAUGGCAAGUGGAGAUCCUGAAACUGAUGCGAGACACUUGCGAUAUCUGGCUAAACAAAACCUUCCCGUGAUUUCAGUUCAAGGCUUUGAUUCUAUUUUGGGUUUAUACUCUGACAAUCCGGCAAUAGUUUCAAUCAUCACUGAAACCCCGACUCAAAAGAAACGAUUUGAUGUUCAAUUACAAAAGAUCGCUCGAGGGUUAUACGAUCAUCCUUCUCCUUGGGGUGCUUCCAUAGCUCAUGGAGUAUUAUCUGAUAAAUAUUAUCUAUCCGCUUGGAACAAAGAAAUAAAAGCUAUGGCUACCAGAAUUCAAAGAGCUCGUUCCAUUUUAUUCGAGAUGCUCAAUACUAAACUCAAAACUCCCUCUCCUGGAGAAGAUUGGAGUUUUAUAACACGUUCCACUGGUCUAUAUUGUAUGAUCCUACCUAAUCCUUCGGAUUCUUCGACACUUCUCAAACAUCACAUUUAUCUUUUACCUGACGGUUGUGUUUCUCUCGGUUGUUUAACAGCUACAAAAGUCGAAAUAUUGGCAAAAGCCAUCGAUACGGUGGUUAGAGAA